AUGAGCUACAAUAGCAAAACUAUUGAUUUGAUUCUCAAGGCUUAAGAACCAAAUUAAAAGUAAUUCACAACAUUUCAAUAAUUCUUUAAAUCCAAUAACCCACCACCUCUAUUAUUUGAAAAAAACAUAACCCCUAAGAAUGUAAAAGCAUAGCGUUCAUUUUCUAAUAAAACAUAAGAUUCAAUUAAAGAAACAAAAAGAAAAAGUUUAAGUUAGCUUAAAUACCCUGAAUACAGGAUGUUGAAAAUAUAUUCAAGAAUUAAACCAGGUGAAUGCUAACUUAAUUAUGAUAAGUAAUCAAUACUUAUAGAAACAAAUUCUUAUAAUUUUGAUAGAGUAUUUGAAUAAUCAGCUACAUAGGUAUAUAAAUAAAUUAUCAAAGGCUGAUAUUUUUGAUAUAAUGGCAAAAUAGACAGUUGAUGAUUUUCUUCAUAAUAUAAAUGGAUGUUUAAUAGCAUAUGGAUAAACAGGAAGUGGAAAAACAUUCACUAUGUUUGGUGAAUCAAGUAAUCCUGGAAUAGUUUUAAGAACAUUCACACAUUUAUUUUUAAGAAAUAAAGAAACAAUUUAUGUUUCCAUUCUUGAAAUAUACAAAGAUCAUGUGUAUGAUUUAGUAUCUGGUGUUUAAGAUUUAAAAUUAAAAGAAGAUCUUUAAUUAGGUUUUUAUGUAGAUGGAUUAAAAAAGAUUGUAUAAAUUUAAAUGAUAUAAUUUAGAAAGUAGAUAAAUUAGAAAGUUGUUAGGAAUUACUAUAAAUAGCUGAAGAAAAUAGACAUGUAGCUGAGACUAAAUUGAAUGCUUUAAGUAGUAGAAGUCAUUUAAUCUUGACAAUUUAAAUGGGAAAAACAAAACUUCAUUUAGUUGAUUUAGCAGGAAGUGAAAAAGUUAAUAAAACUGGAGCAAUUGGUGAAACACUUUAAGAAGCAAAGAAAAUAAAUUAUUCAUUAUCAUGUUUAGGACAUGUUAUUCAAUGUUUAUCAUAAGGAUAAGAUCAUAUUCCAUAUAGAGAUUCUAAACUUACUAAAUUAUUAAUGGAUAGUUUAUAAGCAGAUUGUAGAACAUCAAUUGUAAUUCAAUAUAUAAGAUAUUUAGAUUGUAACUAUUUCUCCUGAAAAUAAAAAUUAAGAUGAAACUAUUUCAUCCUUAAAAUUUGCUUAAAGAGCUAGGUUUAUUAAAAAGGAAAUUAGAAUUGCAACAUAGAAAAAAACAUACAGAGAUUUAGAAUUAGAAAUUACUUAACUUAAAUAGGAACUAUUGGAAACUAAACAAAGAAUGAGUUAAACAAGUUCAGUUUCAUAGUUUCAAUGUCGAUAUACUACUGAUUCUGAAAUUCCUUGUACUGAAAGUUUAAGAUUAACUUAUAGAAGUAUGACAAAUGAAAAUAAGGAAAAUUGUUUGCCUAAUCUCAAAACAUAAGAAAAUAAUAUUUAAUUAGAAUUAGAAAAUAAGAUAAAUUAAAUUUUGAUUGAAUUACAGACAUUAAACAAAGAGUAGAAUUUUGAUAAUGUAAAAAGGCAACUUAAUAAAAUAAAUGAAUUAACUAUUGAAAUUAAGAAAACCUAUAAGGUCUUAGUUAGUACUCAAGGUUUGAAUAAUAAUCAUUUGCAUAUUCAAAGUUAAUUUAUUGAAACAUAAUAAGAACAAAAUAAAUAGUUAUAAAAGAUUGCAGAAUAAAUAUCAAAUAUGGAUUCUAGUAAACCAAGUUUUAAUAUAGCAAUUAAUAAUAUGAUUAAGAAUCUUUAACAAUAAUAAAAAUAAAAUAUUGAUGAUAUGUAAUCUAAAUUAGAAAAGAUGUAUUAUGAUAUUAAAAAAACAACAACUGUUUAAGAUUAUAAUUUAAAUCAUUUAGCAUUGAAAUUAGUUGCCUCUCCAAAUAGAUAAUAAUAAUAACAAUAAUAAUAAUAAUAAUAAUAAUAACAAUAAUAAAUUAAAAGAUCUUAAUCAAAAACUAAUAUGAAUCCUUCUGUUAAGUAUUUAAAAAAUAAAAAAUGA